CUCGUUAUUUUAGCACUGUCUUUGAAGGAGGUGUAACAGACCUGUAUUACAUUCUCAAGCACUCAAAAGAGUCAUACCACAACUCAUCCAUCACAGUGGACUGUGAUCAAUGCACCAUGGUCACUCAGCAUGGAAAACCCAUGUUUACCAAGGUAUGCACAGAAGGACGUCUUAUCUUGGAGUUUACCUUUGAUGAUCUUAUGAGAAUAAAAACAUGGCACUUUACUAUUAGGCAGUACAGAGAAUUAGUCCCACGCAGCAUUCUAGCCAUGCAUGCACAAGACCCUCAGGUGCUGGAGCAGCUGUCCAAAAACAUCACUCGAAUGGGUCUGACAAACUUCACCCUCAACUACCUCAGGUUGUGUGUAAUACUGGAGCCAAUGCAGGAACUGAUGUCAAGACAUAAAACUUACAAUCUAAGUCCUCGAGACUGCUUGAAGACUUGCUUGUUUCAAAAAUGGCAGAGAAUGGUGGCACCACCAGAACCCACAAGACAACCGACUACCAAACGGAGGAAAAGGAAAAACUCAACCAGCAGCACUUCCAACAGCAGUGCUGGGAACAACGCAAACAGCACCAACAGCAAGAAAAAGUCAGCAGCUGCAAACCUGAGUCUAUCAAGUCAGGUACCUGAUGUGAUGGUGGUAGGAGAACCAACUCUGAUGGGAGGCGAAUUCGGGGAUGAAGACGAAAGGCUUAUCACUAGAUUAGAGAACACACAGUAUGACGCAGCAAAUGGCAUGGAUGAUGAAGAAGAUUUCAACAAUUCACCUGCACUGGGAAAUAACAGCCCGUGGAACAGCAAACCUCCUGCGAACCAGGAGACUAAAUCUGAAAACCCCACACCACAAGCUUCCCAAUAGGCUGUUCUGCAGCAGCACCCACUGAAACGUGUGUCAGUGGGUUAUUAAUUACUGUUUCACAGCAUUCUCUAAAAGAAAACAAAAAUACCUUUCGACAGAUACAGUAUCUAUUUCUAAACUAAAGCUCUCUGAUGUUUUUUUAAUUAGGGAAAAAUCAUUUGUAAGCUUCCACGCACAUUUCUUGGAAGCUUUCACACACAACAUGAUACUGGCACUGACCUCAAUUAGAAUAAUUGAAAAUUAUAUAGCAUCUCAUGGCAAAUUUCUGACAACGCAUAUUAUUGGAGGGGUUGUUUUUUUCCUCAUCAAACAAUGGCCAUAUUUUAACAAGUCAUCAGUGCUCAGGAGCUCAUUGACAUAACUAUGUAAAACUUUUUACAAUUGUAAAAUAUUUUCUGCUUUUCAACUUGCACCUGAAAUUUCUUGUUUCAGAAAAAAAAAAUCAGCUUUUAAGGAAAAGUAAUUUAAAGUAACUUUUGUUCUUUCUUUAACUCUUCUUUCAUUGGUUAAUCAUUUAAAGGAUCCAGCAUUUUUAAUUUACAUUUAGCUGAUACCAAUAGACACUCCUUCCAUCAUUAAAUAUAAGUGCUGAAACAAGAAAUGUCUUUUUUCAUCAAAGACAUGAGAAAUAUUUUUAUGUGGAAAAAGACACCCAGUCCUAUGAGAGUUUAUGCUUUGUAAAAUUGCUGUUGAUCCAGAUAUUUUAAAGCCAUGUAAUCCAUUAACUUUGUGGGCAGCUUAAUAAAUCUAAAACUUUUGUGUUUCUAUUAUUGUAUCUGAGUUGGCUUUGUUGUUAUUUCUUUUCAUGGUAUAUUUCUUGUAUAAUAUUUUUGUAAAGCCCUCAAAACAUUUUUUUGUUUUCCUUUUUUUUUUUUUUUUUUUGAUUCCGGUGUAUUUAUGUGAAACUUUAUAAAAGAAACUAAUAUUUUUUUUUCAUUUACAUAUUAAUAUGUUCAGCUCAUCAUGUAAAGACACAGUGAGUCAGUGUGUUAUAUAAUACAACUGUAUUUUAUGUAUGCUUUGCCAAUAAGUGUGCCAAUAAACUGUGUUAACA